ACGCGCGGCGACAAGAUGGCGCGUCCCACCUUCCAGCAGGACAAAGAGAAAAAGAAGAAAGAAAGCAUCUUGGACCUGUCCAAGUACAUUGAUAAGACCAUUCGAGUCAAGUUCCAGGGUGGCCGGGAAGCCAGCGGCAUCCUGAAAGGGUUUGACCCACUGCUCAACCUGGUGCUGGAUGGGACCAUUGAAUACAUGCGAGACCCUGAUGACCAGUACAAGCUGACGGAGGACACGCGGCAGCUGGGGCUCGUAGUGUGCCGUGGCACCUCGGUGGUGCUCAUCUGCCCGCAGGAUGGCAUGGAGGCCAUCCCUAACCCCUUUGUGCAGCAGCAGGACACUUAGCAGCGGUGGAGGGUGGCCCAGCCCCAGGGGCCUUCCUUCUGUGGGGUGAACUUCUGUUUGAUGUCUUGGUCUUUUUUUCUUGUUUUGUUUUGUUUUUUAAUAAAAUUGCCCAUGUGAGCAUCCCUGUCCCUCCCCCA